AUGUCGAGUGCUCAGGAAUUUAACUCGGACUUCGGGCGGUCGAUACUACCUCUGUUUCUCCAACCUGGAUCUUUAAAAUCUACUCUUAAUGACGAACUGAGCCUCAUAAACUCCAAUGCAACAUUCGUCACGGCUCAAGAGCCAUUGCCAAAGCUAAAGCCGCAGGGACAAAUGAGGCUGGACCUUCCAAUUCCUGUCUCAAGAGACAAACCUGCUGGAUACUACCUUCUUGUUCAACAUUCACGAUCAGUAAAGAAACAGCCAGAGUCAAAAAUUAUCAGGCCGCUUCCGGAACUUAAAGGUAGACCAAAAUUCGUAUUUGGUUGUCUUCCGAAUAAGAAACCCCGAGCAGGGCCUCAAUACCAAAUAUCUCCAGCCAGGCCGCAGGAUGAUAUAGAACCACCUGUCAAAAAGCAGCCAUUGCAGUCAAAGUUUGGCUAUUACCCAAAUUAUGAAAGGCCACCAGGCUUCAUUGAGUCAUCGAAACAGCAAUCUACACGUACUGUGAAGUUCAUGGUCGAUGCUCCACCACCUGCUCCGAGAAGAAAUCCUCGCGGUCGAUAUCCCGACUACGAAGUCUCUUGA